UUUUUUUUUAUUUUUCCCACGCCGACCCAUCCGAUGUCGUCGCAGUUCAGGGAACGCGCACGCAUCAGAUCGUAAAGUUAUUCGCAUAUCGGCGUUUUUCUCAUUUUAGAUACCCAUAAUCAUAUUUCCAUAUUCAUCAUAUUCAUUACCCUACUAUAGUGUAUUGUUCCAAUUCUACCUUUUCGUCGAUUUGUUGGACCUUUGGGUCCCCCUUACCCCCCCUCACCGCGCGUCGCAUGCCGUAAACCCAGUUGAACCCAGUCGAUUUUCCCCUUACCCUCCGCUCUACCUCCGCCUAAAAGAAGUACCUUUCUCACUUUUUUUCGGCGAUGUAUCCACGAGGGUUAGUAGGGUCACGCCUAGGCGGUGGCCUUGUAACAUCAACUACUACAGGAGCCACUACCAUUACACGUCCAGUUCCAGGUCUAAGCGCAAGUUUUACCCGACGAGUUGCGCUGCAGUCUUUUAAUAAUAUUUACUGGACACCUACAUCAAAACCGUUCCAAACAUGUACUCAACCUCCCUUAUCGUCAUACUCUUUUUCUAACACACAUUCACAUUCGCCUUUUCCAUUAAUACAUCGUUCAUAUUGUCCAUACUUCCCAAUAAUGACGGCACUCACUCAAACACGAACACACAGUGGCCAUAGCCAUGGUCACGGUCAUCACCAUGAUAAUAGCUUCCUUGUCUCUACGAAUAAAAACGACGCCGGCGUGCGCAUCACAAGAAUUGGCCUCUACUCUAACCUUGGUAUGGCCAUCGCGAAGGGAUUCGGUGGUUAUGUAUUCAAUUCGCAAGCAAUGGUUGCCGAUGCGAUUCACAGCCUGACAGACCUUGCAUCUGACAUCUUAACACUGGCCACAAUUUCCUGGAGUAUAAAACCACCUACCGAUAAGUUCCCAACAGGAUUUGGAAAGAUCGAAAGCUUAGGAUCUCUGGGUGUAUCCAGUAUGCUUCUCUUUGGUGGUCUUUGGAUGGGCUACGGUAGUCUAUUAACCCUUUACGGACACUUUUUCCUUGAUCCAGCUUCCGCCGCCGAUUUGUUGGCACAUGCGCACACCCAUGGACAUGGCCAUGACCAUGCCGUCGAUGUAGUACCAAGUCUGCAUGCUGCAUGGCUAGCUGCCGGCACAGUCGCCAUCAAGGAAUGGUUGUAUCACGCAACCAUGAAAGUUUCCAAGGAACGUAAAUCCUCCGUACUUGCUUCGAAUGCCCUCCACCACCGAGUCGACAGCCUUACAGGCAUAGUAACCCUCGCUGUCGUUCUGGGUGCGAACUUCAUGGAGAAUGCAUCAUGGCUGGAUCCCGUCGGCGGUCUCCUAAUCUCGCUUAUGGUCAUCAAGGCUGGAACCGAGAACACGAUCUCGUCCCUUUUCGAACUAGCCGACAGAACCAUCGAUGACGAAAUCAAAACUUCGGUCAGCAAACAAGCGCGAAGAACGUUUCAAGAGGUCGCCAAGAAUCACGAGGUCGAACUUCGAGAAGUCACGGGUGUCAAGUCUGGUCAAAACUAUCUAGUGGACCUACAGGUGGCCGUACCAAACGAUUGGACCGUAGAACGUCUCAAUGAUCUUGAGCGUCACUUGCGAGAACGUAUCGGCAGCAAAGUUAGAGGAAUCCGCCGAGUACAAAUUCGAUUCCUGCCUAAGGAAGUCGUUGCGCCGAAGUUUGACACUUUUAUCCCUGGUGACGUUAGUCCUCGAUCGAGCCCGGAGCCCGAGGAAGAACAUGAUGAAGAUGAACACGAACAUACCCACAACCACAACGGAAACGGUAAACAAAACCGCAAAUCGAAGUAAGCCUAUAUGAGAAAAAGACAUGAUACUUUAGGCGUUUAGGCGUUGGCUAUAUCCUAGCCAUCUAGGACAGGCGGCACAUUGAUGAUACCAAUACUAUCUCAGGAAGUUCAGGAAUUCAAGGCUCUUUGUUUUUUUAGCAGAGCCUGGAUGUACCAGUACAUACCUCAACUUGCAUAUCGGACGGACGACAUUCGAAAAAGGUUAAAAUACUUGGCAUCUGCUAAUAAGAGCAUUUGUAAACGAAUUAGCACGAAAAAGAACAAGGAAAAACAACAGGAGUUAGCUGGAAAGACGAGAAAAAGAGUCGCAAUGCAUCAUAUAAGCAAGCAAACAACUACGAAGCUUUGGAAUUGAGCCUCAAGAUGGCUACCUGUAAUUGUUUGUCUACCUCCUUAGGUUACAUAUAGCUCUUGCUGUUACUACACCAAUGAGAAAUGCAUACAUACAGAUAUUCGUCGAAUAAUGGUUUAGAUUUUGUGGCUUAUGCAAAGUCGGAGGUACAUAUCACGACUAUACCGCGACUAUACUAUAACUAUCG